UUUAUCGAUGAUACAGUGGACUUUUGUUUUUUGAAGUAUUGAACAGAUUUGAUUUGAAAUUUACGACCCUGUAUAUUGUUGUUGCAUCUACUCGCUCAAAGCUCACUACAAAACUAGCACAAAGCUUAUCUCAAUUCUUCCAAAUUUUCUGGAGGGGCUACUGGAAAUGGAGCCCCAAAGUGAAGCAAAAAUUUCGAGAGCCAAACAGAAAAGAGCAAAGGCUGACUUAGAAGCAAUUUUGCGAAAAUCAUGGUACCAUUUACGAUUGUCGGUGAGAUAUCCUUCGCGAGUGCCAACAUGGGACGCUAUUGUCCUUACGGCGGCAAGCCCCGAGCAAGCCGAGCUGUACGAGUGGCAGCUCCGGCGCGCCAAACGCAUGGGUCGGAUCGCUAGCUCCACUGUCACUCUUGCCGUUCCCGAUCCCGACGGCCAGCGGAUCGGAUCCGGUGCAGCCACUCUCAAUGCCAUUUUAUCUCUUGCUAAGCAUUACGAGAAGCUCGAGGUCGAUCCUAGCUCAGAGGUGGGAAAUGCAAAUGGUGGCAGUUCUGGAUCUUUUGUGAACAAUGAAGGUUCACUUCGGGAAAUGGUUAGGUUUAUGGCCAACAGGCAUAUACUACUGCUUCAUGCUGGAGGUGACUCUAAGAGGGUCCCAUGGGCAAAUCCUAUGGGGAAAGUAUUCCUGCCGCUACCAUAUUUGGCAGCAGAUGACCCGGAUGGGCCUGUUCCGCUGCUUUUUGACCAUAUACUUGCAAUUGCUUCAUGUGCAAGACAAGCUUUAAAAGAUGAAGGUGGAAUAUUCACUAUGACUGGGGAUGUUCUUCCUUGUUUUGAUGCCUCGACCAUUAUUCUUCCAGAGGAUGCGUCCUGUAUUAUCACUGUUCCCAUCACCCUUGAUAUUGCAUCUAACCAUGGUGUUAUUGUGGCAGCUAAAACUGGGAUUUUCACAGAAAAUUAUACUGUUAGUUUAGUUGAUAGUCUUCUGCAGAAGCCAAGUGUUGAGGAGCUUGUCAAGAACAAUGCAAUUCUAGAUGAUGGUAGGACGCUGCUUGAUACAGGAAUAAUAGCAGUUAGAGGGAAAGCUUGGGUUGAACUUGUUACUCUUUCCUGUUCCUGCCAACCAAUGAUUUCAGCGCUACUAAAAAGCAGAAAAGAGAUGAGCUUAUAUGAAGAUCUGGUAGCCGCUUGGGUACCAGCUAAACAUGACUGGUUGAGACAACGACCAUUGGGUGAAGAACUCAUUAGCAAAUUGGGAAAACAGAGGAUGUUCAGCUAUUGUUCAUAUCAAUUGUUGUUUCUACAUUUUGGAACCUCAAGUGAAGUUUUGGAUCACCUAAGUGGAGCUAGUUCAGGACUUCUAGGUCGAAGACACUUAUGUUCCAUCCCAGCAACCACUGUGUCUGACAUUGCCGCAUCUGCCAUUGUUCUUUCUAGCAAAAUUGCACAUGGUGCCUCCAUUGGUGAAGAUUCUCUUAUAUAUGAUUCUAACAUUUCUAGUGGAAUACAGAUUGGUUCUCAAUCUAUAGUUGUGGGUGUUAAUUUCCCAGAAGUCACAGCUGUGAAAGCAGCGGAUUCAUUUCGGUUCAUGCUUCCUGAUCGUCUUUGUCUUUGGGAGGUUCCCUUAGUUGGAUGCACUGAAAGAGUACUUGUCUAUUGUGGCCUCCAUGAUAACCCAAAAAUUUCUCUUUCCAAGGCUGGAACAUUUUGUGGCAAACCUUGGGAGAACGUUUUGCAUGAUUUAAGCAUUCAGGAAAUUGACCUGUGGAGCUCAACAGGUGGUCAGGAAAAGUGUUUAUGGAAUGCAAAAGUAUUUCCCAUUCUUUCUUACUUUGAGAUGCUGAGUUUGGCAACUUGGUUGAUGGGCUUGAGUGACCACAAAACUGAAUUCUUGCUUCCCUUAUGGAAAAAUUCACGUCGUGUCAGUUUGGAGGAGUUGCAUAGGUCAAUCAACUUUUCAGAAAUGUGUGCUGGGUCCAGCAAUCAUCAAGCAGAUCUUGCAGCUGGAAUUGUCAAAGCUUGCAUUAAUUAUGGCAUGCUUGGACGCAACUUAAAUCAAUUGUGCGAAGAAAUUCUUCAAAAAGAACUGUCAGGGGUUAGAAUAUGCAAGGGCUUCCUGGACCUAUGUCCCAAACUUCUGGAGCAGAACUCUAGGAUUCUUCCCAAAAGUCGAGCAUAUCAGGUGCAAGUUGAUCUCCUCCGAGCAUGCAAAGAUGAGAAAAAAGCUUGCGAGUUGGAGCAUAAAGUUUGGGCUGCAGUUGCUGAUGAAACUGCUUCGGCUGUGAGAUAUGGGUUUAGAGACCACCUCUUGGAGGCUCCUAGCAGGGAUGCUCUAGCAUGUCAGAACAAAAAUGUUGAUGGCUGCAUGGAUCAGCCUUUCCUACCUAAAACAGUGAAGGUUGAGUUACCAGUUCGUGUAGAUUUUGUUGGUGGUUGGAGUGACACCCCUCCCUGGAGCUUAGAGCGUGCUGGUUAUGUCCUUAAUAUGGCUAUAAGUUUGGAAGGUUCCCUUCCAAUCGGGACAAUCAUAGAGACGACAAAAGAUAAUGGAGUAUUGAUUUGUGAUGAUACUGGAAAUCAGUUACAUAUUGAAGAUUGUACCUCUAUUUCUACUCCCUUUGACCACAAUGAUCCAUUCCGGCUUGUCAAAGCAGCAUUGCUAGUGACUGGCAUUGUUCAUAAUAACAUUCUUGCAUCCAUGGGCUUGCAGGUCAAGACAUGGGCCAAAGUUCCCCGGGGUAGUGGUCUAGGAACUUCUAGUAUUUUAGCAGCUGCUGUUGUGAAAGCACUACUACUGAUAACUGAUGGAGAUCAAAGUAACGAAAAUGUUGCACGACUUGUUUUGGUAUUGGAGCAGCUCAUGGGCACAGGAGGUGGCUGGCAGGAUCAAAUUGGAGGUUUAUACCUGGGAAUUAAAUUUACUUCAAGUUUCCCUGGAAUACCCUUACGGUUACAAGUGAUCCCCCUUUUGUCUUUUCCUCAAUUGAUUUUGCAGUUGCACCAGCGACUGCUUGUAGUAUUUACUGGCCAAGUCCGGCUUGCACAUCAAGUGCUACAAAAGGUUGUAACUAGAUAUCUACAGCGGGAUAACCUUCUUAUUUCCAGUGUCAAGCGACUGGCUGAACUGGCAAAGAUUGGGAGAGAAGCUUUAAUGAACUGUGACAUAGACGAACUGGGUGAUAUAAUGUUGGAAGCUUGGAGGCUGCAUCAGGAACUGGAUCCCUACUGCAGCAACGAACUUGUUGACAGAUUGUUUUCGUUUGCUGAUCCCUACUGCUGUGGAUAUAAACUAGUGGGUGCCGGUGGUGGGGGUUUUGCAUUAUUACUUGCCAAGAACGCCGAGUCUGCAAUUAAACUAAGACACGAACUGGAAAAAGAUCUGAAGUUUGACGUGAAAGUAUACAAUUGGAACAUCUUCUUAGAAUCUUAGAAGCGUAUUUGUAUGUAGAUAUAUCAUAAGAAGAUAGCCCAUUAUUUAUUAUUGUAUGUACUCCAAAUAUUCUUCAAGCAUUAUAAGGCACGAUUAAUAAAUUUGAUGCUUUAAUUCAA